AUGUUUCUAAUUCGAGCCCUUGUUGGUAUUGCCAGCUUGUUUGCCCUGGCAGAGGCCUCUGACACUACCCAACCCAUGGACCUGGGCAGCGUGCUCGGGAGGCAUCCUAAGCUCUCUACGUAUUACAAGCUGAUUCAGAAAUUUCCCGAUAUCCUUCUACAACUCCCCAGUUAUGAUGGUGUUACCAUUGUUGCGCCUUCCAACGACGCUUUUGAACAGAUUCCGUAUACUGCCCUCUCUAAGAUCUGGGACCCAAGCGAUGCGAAGACCACUGUUCCCCUCCUCCAAUACCAUAUACUGCAGGGCACAGUAAGUGCCAUGAAGCUCAAGGCAGGCCCUGCGUAUGUCAAGCCCACACUCCUCAUGAAUCCCAAAUGGAGUAAUGUCACUGCUGGUCAGAACAUUCUCAUCAACAAACAACCCGAUGAUAUCGUCUUCAGUACGAGAUAUGGAAAUCGAGCCACAGUCAUCAACUAUGAUAUCAAGUUUCAAGGUGGUCUCAUUCAGAUCGUGGAUAGUCUCCUGAUCCCGCCUUCUGGUAUCCUUCAAGUUUUGAUGGCAAGCAAGGUCGAGUCGUUCCUUGGUGGUCUUUUCAAAGCUGGCCUUAUGCCCGAUCUUGCUGAUAGAAACGACAUCACGGUCUUUGCCCCCAGAGAUCAGGCUAUGGAGAACGUUGGCAGCACUCUCAACUCUAUGUCAGCAAAGGAGCUGGCUCGCGUCAUGGGCUACCACAUAGUGCCUGGAAAGGUUCUGGUAUCGACUGGUUUAGUCAACGGCACUUCCCUCAGCACAUUAGCGGGCGAGAAAACCUACAUCCGUCAGGUUGGCAACGAGAAGUUCAUCAACUCGGCCAAGAUCAUAACGACUGAUAUCCUCAUAUCCAAUGGAAUACUACACAUUAUCUCCAAUGUCAAUAAUCCAAUGGACGCUGAUGCUGUACCAAACCCUACUAUGUGGGCUCAAGCCCCUGUCUUUCAGUCUGCCCAGGCUGAUGAUGUCUUUCACUCGGCUAUCCCGUGCACCGCAAACUGUCCAGUGACAAAUACCCCGAUGCCUACACCAGCUGAUCAAGCAGAGAAUAACGCAGCCACGACGCCAUGGUUAACCACAAGGUCAAGCACUGGAGUCGCAGCUGCACGGGCUACAGCACAAAUUGCUGGUGCUGCACUGGGUAUUAUGGGGGUAGGUGCAGGAAUGGCAUUUCUCUGA